AUGUCCAAUGUUAGGGAAUGCCGUUCUCCUCCCGCGCAUGCCCACGCUAUUAAAAUUGCCGAUACUGCCGAUGCUGCCGACACCGCGAAGCUUCCACCAUCCGAGUCGGAGUCUUCUCAUACGGAGGCUAUCAACGACUUGAAGCUUGAAUACCUCUACCAGUGGGCAUUGAGACAUGGUUUGCACAAGUGA